AUGCCCUGGCAAGAGAGGGAAGCGUUUAUAAGUGUUCCUGAUUCGCUGGUUAGGAGUCAAGAUGGCAAUCAGACGGAGUACUGCGUCUACGAACUCCCGGGACAAGACGCCUCUUCGCAGCAGGAAGCUGGAGAUUGCAGCGGCGUGCUGAGCGACGACUGCAUUGACGCGUUGAUGAAGAAUACGCCGGUCAUGUCGGAUGGCCAAUGUUAUAAGCCAGAGAAUCGACAGGAGCUUCGUGACCUGCUCAUCUGCUCAUACAUCGAGCUUGUACUGACGUCGUGGAAAGGUGCACCAUCGAACUUCAACAGUAGCGAGUGCAGUUUGUCCGAGAUGCCGCAUGUCGAACUACCGGACAAUUAUCGCACCUACUACGCCCACUACGUACCAGUGUCUGAAGGUGGAGGUGGUUACGAGAAUUUCGACCUUUACGAUGGGCACGUUCGCGAAGCAGUGCCCAUGGUCUUCACCAUCAAGUCUCCAGGUGGCACCAUCGCCCACAAGGCCGUUUGUGUAGCACCGAACAAUGUCGUUGACGGUAGCCGUGUUCCAGAGUCUGCGGCUGCUCAGUUGUCCUCCGGGGCUUCACUGGUAGCAGCCCUUACUGUUAUGGCUUUUGUAUCUGUUCUCUCGAUAGCUUGA